GCGAUAAGAUGGAUGCGGCCGCCAAAAAACUGAAUACCCUCUUCUUGUUUCUAUAUAUAACCCUUCUUUCUUCCCCCCUUUCCAUUCUCUUUCUUGCAUUUCCCAUUCUCCAUUCACUCGCUUCCAAUACUUGCUUGCGAUGGCUGCUGCGGCCUCCUCCCUCCUUUCAUUUCCUAAAGUCCCCUGCCUCACUGCUCUGCCUCGCUGUCUUUCAUCUCAGGUUUGUGGUGUUUUAGGGACUUGGAAAGUGCGCUUUGGGAUCGCUACGGUGCGGGCGGACGCAUCGUUUGGUAGGGCUAGGGUUUCGGCUGAGAAGAAGAAAGAUGUGCGACCGAUAAUUGUUAUAGACAAUUAUGAUAGCUUCACGUACAAUCUUUGCCAGUAUAUUGGAGAGCUGGGUGUUGACUUUGAGGUAUUCCGCAAUGAUGAGCUUACUGUAGAAGAGAUAAGAAGGAAAAACCCCAAAGGGAUACUUAUUUCGCCUGGACCCGGUGCACCCCAAGAUUCAGGGAUCUCAUUGCAAACAGUUGUUGAAUUGGGGCCUUCAAUUCCUUUAUUUGGUGUCUGCAUGGGCUUGCAAUGCAUUGGAGAGGCUUUUGGAGGGAAGAUUGUGCGCUCUCCUUCUGGUGUGAGGCAUGGUAAAAGUUCUCUUGUGUACUACGAUGAAAAACUUGGAGAAAUUCUAUUUGAUGGAUUGUCAAACCCUUUCUCUGCAUGUAGGUAUCACAGCCUUAUUAUUGAGAAAGAAACUUUCCCGAGUGACAAGCUUGAGAUUACUGCCUGGACGGAAGAUGGGUUAAUCAUGGCUGCUAGGCACUUCUUAUAUUAUACAUUACAGGGCGUUCAGUUUCAUCCAGAGAGUAUCAUCACCCCAGAUGGCAAGAUGAUGAUUCUGAACUUCAUCAAGUUUCUUGACAAGUUUCAGUUAUAAUUCUUGCAAAAAAUGAAGGUAAGUAAAAUCGAGUGAUUCAUAUAUGUCCAGAAAUUGGCUUGGCUCAAUUUUUCUUUUUGAGUUGGAACUUUGAAAAACGUCCGUUUUCCAUUUUAUAGAAAGUAAAUGAAAAUGAAUCCCUUUUCGUAAUGCCAUUUUACGA